GUUCCAACGGCUCAAGGUCCGUUACAAUACGGAGUACUCCGUACACAGAACAUGGCCGGCCGGUGGACGGCUGGCUGGCGAGAUCGGCUAGCCGCUCUGGGAAAUCCAAUUAAGGGUGGGAUGGGCAUUUGGACCCCUGCACAUGAGCACAAUCAGAUUCGUGACCUAACCCCACACUUGCAACCGACCGCCGGUACUGGGCGCUCGCUGGUUGCCAACCCGGGGCUGGUAGCCUGGCAGGCUGGCUGGCUGGCACUUGUUCCGACCGAGGGCGAGCACUGAUCUCACAAUGAAGUCUCCUUUGCGACACCCCCGGCUCACCUUUGCGAUUUGACGGUGACUCGACCUGCUGCUGGACUUGUACGGAACCGAAGAACCGUCUGCGAUUCUCUCCUUCACAGCAAUUAUUGCCCAAGCUGCAACUGCCCCCCCCCUCCCCCAAGUCUCGCUCGUCCUCCGGCCCACCAUGCCUCCCAAAAAGGCCCAUGACGACUCGGAACCCAAGUCGACCCAUACCAAAGAGAAGAACGGCCACGGCCACGCCAACGGGAAGAUGCGCCGUGUCGCCAGUUCCACCGGGUCGAACUUGAAAGAGGUCACAAACGCUGCAAACAUGCCCUCACCUCCCACAGAGGCGGUCGCGACAAACGCACCCGCUGCAAACCCAAGCAUCCAGUGGACCACCUUCGACCGUGACUUUCUUCACCGAUACCGCCGCGAGCACCACCUCGCAACCCCGACCGCCUACGCAAGCGACUACCGCUCGUGGGUCCUGACCAAGCCCGGCAGCAUUGGCCUCCACUCCCCAACACUAGCAAGAAAACAAGCCUUCCGACGCCAGACCAAGGGCCAGUUGGCGAACACGGUGCGGAAGCACUUCAGCAGUCAGGCCGUCCAGGAGAAUGACGCCGUCGUGGACUUUGUGCACCGGGUCAGAAGAGGUCGGCUGACCAAGACGAGCAUUCUGCCCAGGGCAGGGAAGAAAAUGACGGAGCCUGACAGGAUAUGACUGCUCGUCCGUCAUCAACAAAGUGUAUUUAUGGGUAAAUAUGUAUCUCGCGGCUGGCGUUGAGGGCGGUCAAGGUGGCACUCACAGGCAUUGGUUUCCGGUGGCCUAGGCUUGAUUUUUUUUUUUACGGUUCUCUGCUCUGGGACGGAAGCAGAAAGAUUCUGGUGGAGGGCCAGACUGGCGUUGGGCAUUCAUGCAUUAUGACUUAAAGAUACUCCUAUACUGGGUUUCCAGUGUUCGUCAUACGGAUCAAUCUCUAGACUACAUCUCCUG